AUGGUGCGUGGAGCAAAGAAAGCUAUUGCUGUCGGAGUUGCGGUGGCAGUUGCAUGCGGUCUCCAGAAGCACUUGAAUUUUGUGCCUGGGCCUCGGCAUGCUGCUCCAGUGGCCGCAGCAGCCGCCAGUAUGAUGAUGGCUCCUGCGGCUUUUGCUGAUGAGAUCGGCGAUGCUGCAAAGAAACUUGGGGAUGCCUCCUACUCUUUCGCCAAGGAAGUGGACUGGAACAACGGCAUUUUCCUGCAGGCCCCAGGCAAGUUUCAGCCCUUGUCAGCUUUGAAAGCCAUUGACAAGAUGAUCGAAAUGGGAGCAGCCGCAGACCCCAAGCUUCUGAAGGAGGCAGCAGAAGCACAUCACAAGGCCAUUGGGAGCAUCAGCGGGCCAAAUGGUGUGACUUCGCGCGCUGACUGGGAUGCCGUGAAUGCAGCCCUUGGCCGUGUAGUGGCUUCGGUCCCCAAAGCAAAGGUCAUGGCCGUUUACGAUUCAGUGAAAGCCAUCACGGACCCCGGAGUGCCAGCUUACAUGAAGUCCUUGGUGAAUGGACCCGAUGCCGAGAAGGCCUACCAAGGAUUCCUGGAAUUCAAGGAUGUUGUUGAAAAGAACCAGGUGACCACCGCCAGUGCUCCUGCAGUUGUGCCUUCCGGGGACAAAAUUGGUGUAGCUGCAAAGGCGUUGUCCGAUGCAUCCUAUCCUUUCAUCAAGGACAUCGAUUGGCUGUCGGACAUUUACCUGAAGCCGCUGCCCGGCAAGACUGCCCCAGAGACGCUGAAAGCCAUUGACAAGAUGAUUGUGAUGGGCGCCAAGAUGGAUGGCAACCUCUUGAAGGCGGCAGCAGAGGCACACCACAAGGCCAUUGGCAGCAUUGAUGCCACCGGCGUGACGUCUGCGGCCGACUACGAAGCUGUGAAUGCAGCCAUUGGCCGCUUGGUGGCAUCCGUGCCGAAGACAACUGUGAUGGAUGUGUACAAUUCUAUGGCCGGCGUUGUUGAUUCCACUGUCACCAACAACAUGUUCUCGAAGGUGAAUCCAUUGGAUGCAGUGGCUGCGGCCAAGGGCUUCUACACCUUCAAAGAUGUUGUGGAGGCUUCCCAGCGCUGAAGGUGAAGACCAUCAGAAUGAAGUUUCAAUUGUUUAACAUGCUCUAACACUUUUUUGAUGUUGUACAGAUACGGAAUGUUACGGAAUGUUACGGAAUGUUACGGACAUCUGUAACAGUUUCUUGACCCAGGCAGGGGCUUCCCAAGCACAUGGGACAAAAGGAAAAACACAUGCGCAACAAACAAUGAUGUCAGUUGCGAUGCC